UCCGCAGCAAGACCAACACUCUCCAAGCCAAUCCAAGUCACAGCUCUACUGUUCACAAUGCCGAUCGGCGCCACGUCCCCGACCAACAUGGCGUACCUGCGCCUGGGCCUGCGCGGCCUGCAGUUCGUGUGCAGCCUGCUGGCCAUGUCGUUCGCGGCCGCGGGCUUCUACGGCGGCAACGCGACCCACUCGAGCACGUUCGUGCUGCUCAUGGGCUACACGGGCAUGCUCUACACGCUGUGGUACGUGGUGGCCGUCGAGGUGUUCCACGUCGCCAACCGCCCGGCGCUGCGCCUGGAGCAGGCCACGGACGCCGCGCUGGCGCUGGCGCUGCUGGUGGCCGGCAUCUGCCUGGCCGCCUCGGACUACACGAGCAACUGCGGCUACGGCUGGCACUGCCACAACCUCAAGGCGGCCACGGCCUUCGACUUCAUCGCUAUGUUCCUGUUCCUCGUGUCGCUCGGCCUCACGUUCGUGGCCGCCACGGGCUCGUCGCAGGGCCUGGCCGGAGAGGUGCAGGUCGAGGAGCCCGUGCCCUACCACCAGAACGUCACGCCCACGUCGGGCGCGCUCUCGCCCAUCGGCACCCACGGCGACGGACCCGCCGCCAAGGUGUAAGCCGCCAGCAGCAUGACGUUAUUCUUCUUCAUCAUCUGCCUGCAAGGGGGAGGGCGAGGGUGACGCCCCUCCAGCCGUGUGUAUUCGGAGACGCAGCCUUCACUGCCGUACCCAAGUUUCUAGUGAAUGCAAUUCCAAGUUAGUAUUACUUUGCUC